AUGGGCCGGGCAUUGACGUGUGUUACAUCUGGGAUCACCAGACCGCUUAUCGUUCUUGUUUUCAGGAUGUCAGAGGUAUCGCCCGACUCUCUGACAGCACUCAGACGCUCCAAACGCAAAAAGUUCCAUCUUGAUGUAGCAGCCGUCUUCUCCGGGUCUUCCAAUCCUGACAAACGACGUAACAACCUGGAUGCCAAGUAUGCCGGUAAGGAGGCCAAUCACGCCGUCUCCGGGAGGAACCCGUUCAGGUUAAGGGACUCUCUCUCCAACUCCAGGGACAUGCCCGAUCUCGAUAUCGAGCAGGAUGCCGAAAGUAAGUCCAAAAAUAUUAUUUUAACUAAAAUCGUGUAGAAAUCGAAAACUUGGGAUGUGCUGAGUUAGAACAUACACACACUCAAUCGUCCAGUUCAACAUCCUCCAGAAGGAGUACACCAACUACAAGAUCAUGUAAUGGAGCUACGGAACCGAAUGGACUAGUCAAGGAGCACGAAACAAUUGUUGAAAACGAAGUUAUCAGCUUGAACAAAGUUAAGGAGUUGACUCCCGACAUUAAAGAAGAAGAAGUCGUGGAAUCGAAGCAGAAGAAUGGUACCACCUUGUACUUUUGCGCUAAGUGUGGUACAGGUCUUAAGUCUAAGUCUGGACUUAUUGUGCAUUCCAAAUAGUAAGUAGAUCACAUAUUUAAUCAAUAAAUUUAGUUGUGAAAAAGGAAUCAGCAAACGAAGCCGAAAACGAAGAAUGGCGUUUGAUAAACAACACAAUGUAACUACUUCAACACUAUUAAAACCCGUAAGCCUCGUAUAAAUUAUUUUAUGUUCUUAGUUUUGUUAAAAUAACAUUUGUUUAAUCAUUACCCAGACUGUUUAAAGAGUUAAACGUUUUUAAGACCGUUACCGUAAAAUCAAUCAAUCCCACCUUCUCUGAAGAUGCCAGCAUGCCCAUUCUUCUGCCAGAAGGCCCCAUAUCUGGAGCCAAUGCUCCAACACCCUCGAAGAAACCCAAGAAAGGGAACAAGAGUUCCCUCACAGAAACCGUCAAACAAGAACGGAUAGACUUCUCGUCUUUAAAGUUGCUCAACCUGCCUCCUUUGCCAGCCAUUUUAAUUAAACCUACAGGUAGGUAGCUCUUCAUAUUUGGUGUAACUGAGUUUAGGUAUUCAACAGAAAGAGUUCUAUUGUUGUGAAUGUCCAUACAAGUCCAUUGACGACACAUUGUACAGAAUCCAUCGCUCUAUGCACAUUGGGGAUCGGCCUCAGAAGUGUUCAGGCUGCAGUUUCAGCUGCUUCUCUCCAGAAAGUUUGUACGCUCAUCUGGAUCUUCAUGUUUCUAACUCCUCCUUAAAUCCAUCCAGGAAGUCACGGGUAAUAAAGAAGAAAGAGCUGGAAACAAUACCAUCAGACAGAGAAGAUGUUAUAAAAUGUUCCCAAUGUAGUUUUAAGACGUUGUGCAUGGAACGCUUUCAUCAACAUCGACUGGACCAUGUUCAGGUGAGAACAUCAUGCUAAUUGUUUUAAAUUCAUGUCUUACAUUUUUAUGGUUCUUUCCGUAGUAUACAUUACUCAAAUUUAGACCCAACAGCAACGGUUAGUCAGUAUUAUGAAGAGAACCCAUACCAAUAUCAACGAAGAACCCACAUCUAGUCUUGUCGGACCCAAUCCUAAGAUUCUCCAUUGCAAACUAUGCGAAUUCUGGACAGAAGGACCGGACAACCUUGAACAUCACGUGGAAUACCACAACUCAGGGCAGUUAUACACAUGCAGACUAUGUGACUAUGCCAGCGAUGAGAGAACUGUGAAAAAUUUCCAUGAAAAACAUCACCAUACAUCACGUUCCUUGUCCGAUCACAUCAAAAACUUGGCAAUUGCAAUCAAAAUAAAAAAGGAGAGAGUAAGUUUCAUUAUUCGUUAUCCAAGAUCAUCAUAACUUAAUAAUACGAAUAAAAUUCAACAAUAACUUUACAAUUACAGCCCAACGAAACAACGGCAAUCAAACGAGCUGCCACCAAGAGGAACAGAUACGUGGGCAAAAGCCUAGCGGUACAGUCACUUCUCAAAGCUCUGGAAUAA